UCCACAACAGUGAUGGCAAGCAGUAUCGAUUCAGACAGGGACCAGGAAGUGCCUGAUGGAGAAGAACCUGAUGUGAAGGCAGUGCAAGCACACUAUCUUCGAAGCCCUUCACCUAGCCGGUUUUCAGUGCUAUCAGAUGCAGAGACUGAGAGCAUCUUCAUGGAACCCAUCCAUCUAUCAUCUGCUGUGGCUGCUAAACAGAUCAUCAAUGAAGAGCUGAAGACAAAGGAAGUAAAAAUAGACACUGUAUGUUCAGGAAUGCUGGAAUCUGCACAGCAGUUGCUAAUGGAAGAUUUAUAUAACCGAGUUAAAGAAAAGAUAGAUGAUACUAGCCUGUUCAAUACACCAUGUGUUAUGGACAUUCAGAGAGCACUUAUGAAAGACUAUCUGGAAUCACCAAUGGAGGCCAUUGAUGAAGUCUGGCCAAAUAUCUUCAUAGCAGAAAAGAGUGUUGCAGUAAAUAAAGGACGGCUAAAGAGGCUAGGAAUUACUCAUAUCCUGAAUGCUGCUCAUGGCACCGGUGUAUAUACAGGACCAGAUUUUUAUAAUGGAAUGAAUAUCCAGUACUUGGGCAUUGAAGUGGAUGAUUUCCCAGAUGAGGAGAUUGCUAAACAUUUCCGCCCAGCAGCAGAGUUUCUUGAUGAAGCAUUAUUAACUUGCAGAGGAAAAGUUCUGGUCAGCAGUGAAAUGGGUGUCAGUCGCUCAGCGGUGCUAGUAUCUGCUUAUCUAAUGAUCUUCCAUCACAUGACAAUAUUAGAAGCUUUACUGACUAUCCGUAAGAAGAGAGCUAUUUAUCCUAAUGAUGGUUUUUUGAAACAACUCCGAGAACUCAAUGAAAAGCUACUUGCGGAACGAGAAGAGGAAGAAGAUUCCGAAGACACAGCAGAUGACCAAAGUUCUGUUAUAAGAGCUGGAAGUUGUUCCCUGAUAUCUGAGACAGAAGAUUCUAAAAGUAUUGUGGGAGCCAAAGUCCACUCUAUCAUGGUAGAGGAAGAAGACACAACAAGCCUCCUAGGAAGUGCAAUGAGUGCCUCUUCUAUGGGAAAGUUGAGCUUGUUUUCCAAAGAGCCUACCCUUAUCAGUGAAGAGGAGGAAGAAGAACUCUAUGAAGAAUGGAGACGAAAACAAGGCUUGCCUGACAAGGAAAUUUUAAAGAAGAAGGAAGAAAGUAAGGCCUCAGACCUAUCACUUCAAGGACAAGUAGAAUCUGAGGAAAAUGUAGAUCAAAUGAUCCAAGCAUGGCAAUGCCAAAAUGAGAAGUACCAAUUGGAAAGCUACAUGUUUUCCAAGGAAGAGGAAUCUAGCAUGGGACAAAAAUCAUGCCUCGUAAAUGAUACAAGUGAUACUGAAAGUGUGAGUAGCCAAGAGAUCAGGAUCUUGAAACAGGAGCUGGAAGCAAGUAGCAUCAACAGAAUGAGAAGAGGGCGUACAGAUUCUAUGUCUACAGAAAGUAGCUGGGAUAUGUGGAAUGAGAGGAUGAUGGAGAUAGAAAAAGAAGCCUCUAAGAAAUAUUGCUCAAGAGCUAGAUAUAGUCAUGAGAAUCCAAGAUCUGAAAAUGGAACAAGAGAAAGGGAUAUAGAUACAGAAAGUGUAUUGUCUGAUACUAGUUCAUUUUAUAAUUUCUGCCAAAAAAACAAAGACAAGUUGACAGCCUUAGAAAGAUGGAAGAUCAAAAGAAUCCAGUUUGGUUUUCACAAAAAAGAUUCAGAAGUUGAGCAAUCCAAAGCUGAAGACAGUAGCCAACAAAAUAAAGAGUCUAUGGAAGAAGAGAAGAGCUUGUCAGAUAUCAAUAUGACUGCCUACCAAGCCUGGAAAACUAGGCACCAAAAGAAAGUUGGUAGUGAAAAUAAGGAUGAUAUUGUAGAACUUACCAAAGGUGAGGACUCCGCUUGUGCCAGGAGAAAACAGAGACGAACGGAGUUACUUGAACACUCAAAGAAAGUUUUAGAGGAAAGCCAGUCUCUCUGUAGCUGGGAGGCAGACACCUCCAUGAGUGGAAGCAUCCCUUUGUCAGUUUUUUGGCCAUCAACAGCUUCCGUCAAUGGAACAGAGGAUUCAGCUUCAGCAAUAAGCACGCAGACCAAUCACUCAUCUUUUUGUCAGGCUAGAAGCAGUCAUAGCGCUAAGUCAGCAAGUGUGCCUGGCCCAUCCAUUGGCCCAAAUGAUACAAUAUCAAUAACCAGCAUUCAGAAUUGGAUUGCCAAUGUUGUUAGUGAAACUAUUGCUCAGAAACAAAAUGAAAUCCUUAUGUUGUCUCGUUCACCAUCAGUAUUGUCUUCCAGUGUUAAGUCAGGUGACCCAAAUAGACAUGUAGAAAAUGACAGGUCCUCUCUGCUUAAAGCACAAACUGGCUUACCUUUAUCUAGUUCUACUUCACUGCUUCAUCAAGACCCUCAGUAUGCUGACACUCAAUCUAUCCUAUCUUGUAACACUUCAGUCAGUAUGGGGGACUCUGUCUCAAGCAGGAAAAUAACUCAGACAAGCAAGCCUCUUUUCAGUCUUUUUGCUGAUGAGGUAGAUCUGAAGAAACUUAGCAGAAAGGAGAGGGAGAUGCAAACAGAAAUGAGAGAGAAGAUGUCAGAUUACCAAACUGAGAAGCUUAUCAGUGACAAUAAACGUAGCACUUUAUUUAAGAAGAAAAAGAUCAAGGGAGAUGAUGAAGAUGAAAAAAGAGAAAAUCUGUAUGACAGAAAAAUAGAAAAUGUAAAUGGUGGCCCUAGGCAUCCAUUAACAGAUGAUAAUAAUUCCAGUGACACAGUUUCUUCUCUCUCAGGCCAAUUUGCUAAGGUUGGGGGUGUUAUAAGGUCAGAAGUAGAAAACAAUGUAAACAAGUGGCUCAUAGGUUUGAAAGCAGAAGAAAAGCCUUCUUACCAGGACUGUACUGAGGCCAGUAGUGAGAAAUAUAGGAACUCGUCCACUUUCAGAAAGGUGGACGCCGAAGCUUCUAGUUUUAGAAGUUCCAGGUCUCAGAGAGAAGAAAUGAAUAGUUCUUCAACCCAUCAGUAUAAGAAUAAACUGCAAAGAACCUCUUCCCAAUUUUCCUCUGCCUCUGCACACGAAGAGAAGGUGUAUUCAUUUACAGAAUCAAAAGUGAGUGAGAUAAACUCUACAGAGGAAAGUCCGGAGCCAUCUUCUUCUAGAACCCCAAAAUCCUCCUAUAGCUCAGAAUCCUCCAAACCUUCAGCCAGAUCGUAUCACUUGGAAGAACAUGAAGAGGAGUCCAGAUUGGACAUGACUGAAUCUGGAGCAAAGAGAAAAUUCACCCAGAGUUUUGCAAAAUCUGAAGAGGGUACAGUAAAAGAAGAAAAUAUGGAAGAAAGCAAAGAGUACAGCACAUCAAAAUAUUUAACAAGAAACAGACAAAGCACUCAUAAGGAGGAAGAAGAAAUGGAUGACGAUGCAAUCAUUGCUGCCUGGAGAAGUCGACAAGCAGAAACUAAAGCAAAGCUUCAGCGACGGAGGGAGGAGUAAUAAAGAGUUAAGCCAUGCCAGUCCAUUUCUACCUUAGCUUUGGAGAAAAUCCUUCCAAGUAUUUGUAAGCAACCAAGGUUUAAAUAGCACAUUUUAAUCACUUUAUUUAUAUUUCUUAUUCUCCUUUCCACUAAAUAGUAGAUCAAGCACUAUUUAGAUCCAGAUUUUCAUUCAAUUUGA